CAUGCGGAGAGACACUACAGGAGUCGACAGGUAACUUUUCGUCGCCCGGUUACCCCAACGGUUACCCCUCGUAUACACACUGUGUCUGGAGGGUCUCGGUCACCCCGGGAGAGAAGAUUGUUCUAAACUUCACCACUAUGGACCUGUAUAAGAGCUCUCUGUGUUGGUAUGACUACAUAGAAGUUAGAGAUGGAUUCUGGAGGAAGGCCCCACUGCUGGGGAGGUUCUGUGGGGAUCAGGGCCCUGAGGGUAUGGUCUCGUCAGAGAGCCGGAUGUGGAUUGAGUUCCGAAGCAGCAGCAACUGGGUGGGCAAGGGAUUCACUGCUGUUUACGAAGCUAUCUGUGGGGGAGAGAUCCUGAGAGACCAGGGGCAGAUCCAGUCUCCUAACUAUCCAGAUGACUACCGUCCGUCUAAAGAGUGUGUUUGGAGGAUCACCGUCGCCCAGGGAUACAACGUAGGACUCAGCUUCCAGGCCUUUGAGAUUGAGAGACAUGACAGCUGUUCCUAUGACUACCUGGAGGUGCGCGACGGCCCGGCUGAAUCCAGCCCUCUGAUUGGUCGGUUCUGUGGAAAUGACAAACCAGAGGAUGUCCGCUCCACCUCACACACUCUCUGGAUGAAGUUCGUCUCCGACGGAACCGUCAACAAGGCUGGCUUCGCUACCAACUUCUUCAAAGAGGAGGAUGAGUGCUCCAAGCCAGAUAACGGGGGUUGUGAACAGAGGUGUGUAAAUACUUUGGGCAGCUUCAAGUGUGCCUGCGACCCCGGGUACGAGCUGGCCCUGGACAAAAAGAGCUGCGAAGCUGCAUGUGGAGGUCUUCUGUCUAAGCUGAACGGUACCAUCUCCAGUCCCGGCUGGCCCAAGGAGUACCCCCCUAAUAAAAACUGUGUGUGGCAGGUAGUUGCUCCAACCCAGUACAGAAUAUCAAUGCAGUUCGAACCCUUCGAGCUGGAGGGCAACGAGGUGUGUAAGUAUGACUUUGUGGAGGUGCGCAGCGGCUUGUCGUCAGACAGUAAGCUGCAUGGAAAAUACUGCGGAACGGAGGUUCCUGAAGUCAUCACGUCACAGUACAACAACAUGAGAAUAGAGUUCAAGUCCGACAACACCGUGGCCAAGAAGGGAUUCAAGGCGCACUUCUUCUCCGAUAAGGAUGAAUGCAGUAAGGAUAAUGGUGGCUGCCAACAUGACUGUAUUAACACGGUGGGAUCCUAUGUGUGCCAGUGUCGACAUGGAUUCAUACUACAUGAGAACAAACACGACUGUAAAGAAGCUGAGUGUAAGCAUGAGGUCCACAGCCCCAGCGGGACGCUGAACAGCCCCAACUGGCCUGAUAAAUAUCCCAGUAGGAAGGAAUGUACCUGGGACAUCACCACUACACCUGGACACAGAGUGAGACUGUCGUUUAAUGAAUUUGAGAUCGAGCAGCAUCAGGAGUGUGCCUACGAUCACCUGGAGGCCUUUGAUGGGGACGGCGACUCGGCGGCCAUCUUGGGUCGGCUGUGUGGCAGUAAGAUUCCGGAACCGCUGGUCUCCACGGGCAACAAGAUGUACCUGCGUUUCAUCUCUGACGCCUCGGUUCAGAGGAAAGGAUUCCAGGCCACACACUCCACUGAGUGUGGAGGGAGGUUGAAGGCAGAGACUCGUCAGAAGAACCUCUACUCACACUCCCAGUUUGGAGAUAACAACUACCCUGGCCAUACAGACUGUGACUGGUUGGUGACGUCAGAGGAGGGUUAUGGUAUAGAGUUGACCUUUACGACCUUCGAGGUGGAGGAGGAGGCGGACUGUGGCUAUGACUACGUAGAGCUGUAUGAUGGUUAUGACUCUAAGUCGCACAGACUGGGACGGUUCUGUGGUUCUGGGCCCAGAGAGGAGAUCUACUCUGCGGGCGACGCGGUGUUGAUCCGUUUCCACAGCGACGACACCAUCAGUAAGAAGGGCUUCCACAUCCGUUACACCAGUACCCAGUUCCAGCAGAACCUUCACGCCAGGAAGUGAUGUCACAACACCGCGACACACACACACACACUGUUUUGAGGAGAGGAGUGAGUGUGUGUGAGAACCAGAGGAGAGACUGAUCAGUUCGUUUCUUAACAGUGGAGCUUCUAGAACUCUGAGGAAUACAUGUGAAGAGACUGGAUUCACAGCUUCACACUGCAACAGGAUUCAUUAACAACGAGAACUGGAUUAAAUACCAAAACUGGAUUAAAUACCGAAACUGAAUUAAAUACUGAAACUGGAUUAAAUCCUGAAACUGGAUUAAACACUGAAACUGGAUUAAAUACUGAAACUGGAUUAAACACUGAAACUGGAUUAAAUACUGAAACUGGAUUAAAUACGGAAACUGGUUUAAAUACUGAAACAGGCUUAAAUACGGAAACUGGAUUAAAUCCUGAAACUGGAUUAAACGCUGCAACUGGAUUAAAUACUGAAACUGGAUUAAAUACUGAAACUGGAUUAAAUACUGAAACUGGAUUAAAUACGUAAACAGGCUUAAAUACUGAAACUGGAUUAAAUACUGAAACUGGAUUAAAUACAGAAACUGGAUUAAAUCCUGAAACUGGAUUAAAUCCUGAAACUGGAUUAAACACUGCAACUGGAUUAAAUACUGAAACUGGAUUAAAUACUGAAACUGGAGUAUGAACAGGAACUGGGCUUAAUACUGGAAUUGGAGUGAGUAACUAACUGGCUGUUUGGCUGGCUGACUGACUCGCUGACCAUUUGACUGACUGAUUGGCUGGCUGACUGACUCGCUGACCAUUUGACUGACUGAUUGGCUGGCUGACUGAUUCGCUGAUGGACUGACUGGCUGACUGACUGGCUGACUGUUUUACUGGUUUACUGACUGACUGUCUGAUUGGCUGACUGACUGACUGACUGUCUGAUUGGCUGACUGACUGACUGAUUGGCUGACUAGCUUACUGACUGGCUGACUGACAGUGGUGAGAGAAACAUGAGGUAACGCUGAGGCAACAUUAUACAAAACUGAGAGACAACGUUCAGACAACGUUCAGACAACGUUCAGACAACGGCCAGACAACUUACGGUGCUGACAACGUUCAGACAACGUUCAGACAAACCUUAUGCAAACCGAGAGACGACGUUCAGACGACGGCCAGACAACUUACGGUGCUGACAACGUUCUGACAAUGUUAGAGGUUUGACAAAGUCCUGACAAUGCCCUGAUAAUGUGCUGUUUAGAAAACGUUCUUGUUCUGACAACGUUCAGACAAACUUUAUACAAACUGA